ACCUUCUCUCUAAUCCUCUUUCUCUCUCUCUCUCUCUCUCUCUCUCUCUCAUUCCUUUAGUUUUUGUUUUUUUUCCUAUAUAAACCCCUUCUCUCCCAACUCCGAAAUUCCAGCAUUUCAUUUCUUUUUCCCUUUCCUUUCCCCAAUCCCUCAUUGCCCACUCUUCCACCCUGCUGAUCCCCAAGGCCAGUGACCGUAUCUAACAGGUUGCCUAAAAAUGGCCACUGGACAGCUAUUCUCCCGCAAUACUCAGGCUUUAUUUUACAACUACAAGCAACUGCCAAUCCAGCGGAUGCUUGAUUUUGACUUCCUUUGUGGGAGAGAAACACCAUCAGUUGCUGGAAUCAUUAAUCCUGGUGCUGAGGGAUUUCAGAAACUCUUUUUCGGUCAAGAGGAAAUCGCCAUCCCAGUGCAUUCAACCAUCGAAGCAGCUUGUGCUGCGCAUCCCACUGCUGAUGUCUUCAUCAACUUUGCUUCAUUUAGAAGUGCUGCUGCUUCCUCCAUUGCUGCUCUGAAGCAGCCAACUAUUCGAGUUGUGGCUAUCAUUGCCGAAGGUGUACCCGAGUCAGACACCAAGCAAUUGAUUGCAUAUGCACGGGCAAACAACAAGGUUGUUAUUGGCCCAGCUACUGUUGGAGGUAUCCAAGCUGGAGCCUUUAAGAUUGGUGACACUGCUGGAACAAUUGAUAAUAUAAUUCAGUGCAAGUUGUACAGACCAGGAUCUGUUGGUUUUGUCUCCAAAUCUGGUGGCAUGUCGAAUGAAUUAUACAACACUAUUGCUCGUGUUACUGAUGGAAUUUAUGAAGGUAUUGCUAUUGGAGGUGAUGUGUUUCCAGGCUCCACUCUUUCUGAUCAUGUUUUGCGGUUUAACAAUAUCCCACAGGUUAAGAUGAUUGUAGUACUUGGGGAACUUGGUGGACGAGAUGAGUAUUCCUUAGUUGAAGCUUUGAAACAGGGGAAAGUGACCAAACCAGUGGUUGCUUGGGUUAGUGGAACUUGUGCACGGCUUUUCAAGUCUGAAGUGCAAUUUGGUCAUGCUGGGGCUAAAAGUGGUGAGGAAUUGGAGUCUGCACAGGCAAAGAAUCAAGCACUAAGAGAAGCUGGAGCUGUUGUUCCAACUUCAUAUGAAGCUUUUGAAACUGUGAUUAAGGAAGCAUUCGAGAAACUGGUUGAAGAGGGGAAGAUUACACCAGUGAAAGAAGUUAAGCCUCCUCAAAUUCCUGAAGAUCUUAACACUGCUAUUAAGAGUGGAAAAGUUAGGGCUCCAACUCAUAUCAUUUCGACCAUUUCUGAUGACAGAGGUGAGGAGCCAUGCUAUGCUGGUGUACCUAUGUCAUCCAUUGUUGAGCAGGGUUAUGGUGUGGGUGAUGUUAUAUCUCUCUUAUGGUUCAAGCGCAGCCUUCCACGUUACUGUACCCACUUUAUUGAGAUAUGCAUCAUGUUGUGUGCCGAUCAUGGUCCCUGUGUCUCUGGUGCUCACAACACUAUCGUAACAGCAAGGGCUGGAAAGGAUCUUGUUUCAAGUCUUGUCGCAGGUUUGCUUACAAUUGGUCCCCGUUUUGGUGGUGCCAUUGACGAUGCUGCUCGGUAUUUUAAGGAUGCAUAUGACAGGAGUCUAACACCUUAUGAGUUUGUUGAAAGCAUGAAAAAGAAGGGCAUUCGCGUGCCUGGAAUUGGGCACAGGAUCAAGAGAGGUGACAACAGAGAUAAGAGAGUAGAGCUGCUACAACUUUUUGCACGCACACAUUUCCCUUCAGUCAAGUACAUGGAAUAUGCAGUGCAAGUUGAAAACUACACCCUCUCGAAGGCAAACAACCUGGUCCUUAACGUUGAUGGUGCAAUUGGUUCCUUGUUCUUGGAUCUCCUUGCUGGCAGUGGAAUGUUCACCAAACAAGAAAUUGAUGAGAUCGUUGAGAUUGGCUAUCUGAAUGGACUUUUUGUGCUGGCACGCUCUAUUGGUCUGAUUGGGCACACCUUUGACCAGAAGAGAUUGAAACAGCCACUGUACCGCCACCCAUGGGAAGACGUUCUUUACACCAAGUGAUAGAGUCUAUUACAUAUUUGCUACCAAAAAAAGAAAAAGAAAAAAAAAAGAAGAAAAAAAGCGACCAGUUGUUGUGUUUGAUAGUUCUCUUGAGUCUCCAUUUUGCUGGUGAUGCUGAGAAAUGAUUGUUAUGUUCUUAGUCUAGUGUUUGUACUGCUAAUGGCAGAGUUGAGUUACGCCAUUUGUAAGUUGUACCAAAACUUCAUAAGGAGCCAAAAUCCCUUCCAUUAUUAUAAAAGCAAAAAGAUUUAUCUUUUUUCAACAAAAGAA